AUGCUCCGAGCUUUUAUAUAUUUUUUCGUUUGCAAGGAGGAGGAGGAGGAUCAAUCGUUUGCAAGGAGGAGGAGUAGGACGAGAACGAGAACGAGGAGGAGGAGGAGGUUUCAUUGCUGGAGUUUUCUUCCUGAAGAACUUUUGUUUGAAAUCCUCUCGAGAUUGCCUGUCAAAUCUCUAAUGCAAUUAAAGUGUGUCUGUAAAACAUGGCGUGCUAUUCCCACAAACCCUAGUUUUAUUGCCUCUCAUCUCGAAAAGGAUGCUCCUACUAGGCUGGUCAUUUGGAACGCUAACCAUAACGGUCUCUUGGUUGGGCAUGAUGGCUUUCACACCUUCGUAAAAUGCUCCAGAUAUGACUUUCAACCUGUGAAUCUUACUUUCGGGUUUCACAGGAAAGCAGAUUUAAUUUUAGGUUCGUGUGACGACGUCUGGAGUAUCGGUAAGGAUGGAAUCUAUGGAAGUACCAAAGAGGUACCAACUAUUGCGCUAUGGAACCUUGCAACAAGGGCAUUUAGCAUUCUCCCCAUGUCCAUUUGUGACUUACCACCAUAUGGCCAGUUACAUAGAUGUUUGGUAGGGUUUGGUCUUGAUCUCAAAACCAAAAGUUACAAGGUGGUUAAGUUUUCAUAUUUUGGGGAUGAUGAUUUUGGUGUUUACAAUAAUUCUGUUGAAGUUUACGAUUUCAGUUCCGGUCCUUGGAGAGUUCUCCACGCUGAUCAUUUUUCCCCAAAGGUACUUAUUCAUGAUGGUCCACAAAUCAACACAUACAACAAAAACGAUGGUGUUUUUCAUUGGUUCGCGCUUCACAAUUACGAUUUACGCAGUGUCAGUUGUUAUGAGGGGCAGGUUCUUUCGUGA